AUGGCAUUUGCAGCUGAGUAUUGGGCAACCAGAUGGUUCAGUAGCUUGGAACAGCGACCAGACCUUUUGGCAGCUGCGCUGCCCAAGCCGGUGCACCCGGCCCACCGCCUGAAAAAGAGUAUUCAAGUUGAGGGGCGGCUUCAAGAGGAUGACGCCGCUGCAUUCGGUCUGGAGGUUGAGACCGAGCUCCCACCACUGAUCCGACGUAAGGAGGAUUUGGCAGUCGGAUUUGGGGAACAUCUCGGUUACCCACAUCACCAUUGUCCAAUGCACGAAUAUCAGGAAACGGGGUCGCUGCCCGCCGGCGGCGGCGGCUAG